AACACUGUAUCUUUCUCAGAAAAAGAACUGCUUCAGGUUAAACGGAAAUGCAUUCCAAUACUGAAUAACAAGGUAGAGUGUAGCUCUGAAAUUAUCCUCUCGGUAGUGUUGAAAGUAAACAGACCUCUUUCUGGAAUCGGAGAAACAACCUACACUUUCCAUCACAAAUCUAUUCAAGAAAUGUUUGCUGCAGAAUUUAUUGUGCAGCGCAUCCUAGAGGGCAAGGGCACCCUGAAAAAUAUCCUAGAGGCCGAACCUAAGGAAAUGAGCAGCCUGCGCGAAGUACUGCAGUACGUGGUGCAGGGCCUCAGCCGCUGCAAGCCUCGCCUCUUGGAGAGACGCUGGCCAGAGCUGGAGCAGGCGCUGCGUGACGCCGGCGUCGUCUCUGCCGCCGACUGGGAGGAGUGUCUCCGCAUCUGCCCUGACGUUGAGCAGCUGGCCAAGCCUGCCGCUCUUAGCAAACUCAAAGAAGACAAGACGUGGCGUGUCGAAACAGGACGCGAUGUAGCGCUGGUCGCAGCCAUGUUGCCAUACGCACAACCUGACCUCCUGGAGGUGAAGAUCAAACCUGACGACCUAAGCAAGAGGCGGUGGGCAGAACUUGUGCAGCGUCGCGAUGGGCGCGUCCGUCUUGAGCUGCAGAACCCUGCCGAUGAUAAAUACAAGAGCAACGAAGACCUCCUCCUGCCAAUGCUUGGCACAAGGUUCGCGUGGCUGUCGCUGCGGGGCAGCAGGCUUCGCGCAGAGGAGCUGCCGUCGCUGCUGCUACAGCUGCACGGGGCAGGAGUGAGGACGGGUGGCGGGGGCAGCACGCGCACCGUGGUUUACGGGGAGGGGGAUGUUUACCUCUACAUCAGGGACGACAUGCACCCGGGGGGACCAGCGGUGCCCAGUGACGCCGAACUGCAGGCGGCGUAUCAUAGAUACCAGCGCCUCCGAGGACAAUAA